UCUACCUGUACCUGUGGGAAGGUGUGCCACUCGUCAUCGUCCGACUCCAAAUCAGAAUCGAGUUUUCCUUCGUCCACCACUCCUGAGAGGUAGAAGUCGGUCAGAAGCGCCUGGAAGUGAACGAGCGACUGAAGCAAGACUCCGAGCAUGGAGUCGAUUGCGUCGUGGAGUGCGGAGAGGGUCUCCAAGUGGCUCCAAGGUCUGGAUGGCCCCAUGAGUCAGUACCAGGUCUCGGAGUGGAACUUGUCAAUCGAAGACUUGCUCAUAUUGACUUCCCAGGACCUGGAGAAGCUGGGGGUCCGUAAGAUCGGACACCAGGAGCUCAUACUGGAGGCUGUGGAGAAGCUCUGCUCUCUGCAUUAUGGCCUUGGCGGAGAGAGCCUGAAGGUUCUGACGGAGAAGCUGUGUGCUGUAGCUCAGACGCUGCAGAAGGGCAUCGAGAGCCACUGGCGGCGUAACAGCUAUGAUGGACGGAGCACAAAGAAGAUGUCCGCCGGCAUCCUGAAGGUUGUGGUUGAACUCAUCGCAUCUGCCAAAGGCCUCUUCACUUUGCUCAAAAGGUAUCAGUUAUUUCAGCCCUGUGGGUUUGCUGAAACCAAGAACAUAUUCAUUUACUGCAAAGAGCUGGGAGACAUUGUGCACAAGGAUACCACAGUCUUUGAAAAGGAAAAUGACAUAAUCGUUAUUUGUCGUCAGGUGGUGGAGAUUUGCGACGGCAUCUUGAGGUCCGUCCCUGAAACGAUUCUGACCCAAACGGCUCAGCUGGAGAGCGUGGACCUGGUGCCCGUUUCACCGGGCGAUUAUUUGGGGAUCGAGAUAACGUCCACCAGUUCCAGUAACCACUACGUGACUGGAGCCGCGGCCGAGCCUUCCACCGAUGCUUAUCUGCGGGUUUUGGCUGGUGAUGAAGUGAUUCAAGUCAAUGACCAGAUUGUGGUGGGCUGGAGCAGAGACAACCUUCUAAAGAAGCUGCAGGAGAAUGCCAGCGGAGUGACGCUGGUUUUGAAGAAGAUUCCCCGAUCAGUGCGACGCAAACACUCCGUCCAGGUGGUCACGAUUCAGACGGAGGAAGAGGAGAGAGAAGAAAGGUCAGACGAGGAGGAAGAAGAGAAGGACAAAGAGGAGAGUGUGCGGUACUCCUUUUUUGAGCGGGUAGCUGCUUCUGUCAGGACUUUGUCUUUUCGGCGAGCCAUUCAUGAGCCGGAGGCCCCUCAGCAGCUUAUGGGACAGGAGGAAUCAGAACUACAACUUAACCAAGAGCUGGAGGGGAGUCUGACAAUACCUUCACAUCCAAACCAACAGGGGAGGCUGUCACCCCUCCUAGCUUCAGGGAAGUUGGAAAAUUCGGAAAGUCUGAGGUUGUCUCCGAAUAUCCGGAGAGACCGCUCGCCGUCCCGCAGGAGUCCUUCGCCUUUUGGAAUGGGCAAAAACCGAGAUAGUGUCAGUUCUUGUCCUGAGAUGGUGGGGCCCAUGGCAAACAAGGAAGCCAAAAAGAGCAACACGAAAGCUGUCAGCCGGCGCCGUGUGUCCUGCCGAGAUCUGACUCAUCCCGACUGUAACGGCUGGCUUUGGAAGAAGAGGAAGGAGAGCGGCGUCUUCAUCACCCACAAGUGGCAGCGCUUCUGGUUCGUCCUCUCAGGGCCGAGACUUUACUGGUUCAACGGCCAGCUGGAUGAGAAGGCAGAAGGGCUCCUGAAUAUAGCCAGCUACAACUUAGAGAGCGCUGGAGAACACAAACGAAAAUACGUUUUCCAAAUGCGCCAUCCGAAGUUUCAAAACUUCAUCUUUGCUGCUGAGGACACCAAAGACCUGCGCAAGUGGAUUAACGCUCUGAUUACAGCCAUUAAAAACCACAAGAAAUCACUAGCAGAUCCAGACAGCGAAGAAGAGUGUUACAGUGAGACAGACUCGGAGAGCGAAGUGUCGCCUGCGCCGUGCAGGAGAACCAAGCCUCAACCUAAAGGGAAAACAAACAGAACGUCAUCAUCUAGUUCUACAGCAGAGGGCAGCAAAGGAGCAGCUGUCCCAGAAGACGAGAUGGGCCGGAUGCUGAACAACAUAAAGGAAGGAGGGGUGUCUCUGAUAGGCCACGAUCAGCCGUUCACGCAAGACCACUUCAGGAAAUCUUUCAUUCGGCGCAACAAGAACCCCGUCAUCAACGAGAAGGCGCUCACGCUUCGGGCCCUGCAAAGUACUCUAAAGGCCAAAGAAGCCGAGUUGCAGCAGAUCAACAAGAUCCUCGACGACCCAGAUCUGACAGCUGCGAAGUUCCGUCAGUGGAAGAAGCAGAACGAGGAGCUGGUUCUGGAAAUCGAAAAACUGGCCAAAUGCAAAGCUCCCAAAGAAGGGAAGGACGCUGCAACGGUGCAAGGCACGCCUGCUGAGGCGGUUGCCUUGGAAACUGUUGCCAAGGAGACAGCCGGCUCAGAGAGCGAAGGUGCAUACAGACUGAGCCUGAGUGAUGGCGAGCAGCUAGUUGACGCAGAGCCAUCUGACGUGCUUCUGGAGAUCCCGCCGGGCUCUCCGAGUCCCGAGACGAGCCUGGAGCUGGAACUCUCUAUGGGAUCGCUGGCGGAGUCCAUAAACAAACAUCUGAGUGAAAAUUCGGCUGUGGCUGAAAAUUACUUCUUCAUUUAGCUUCUGCAGUUCAAAGUUCCUCUUUUUAAUUUAGUUUGAAGAAGCAGAGGAUGCUGUCGCCAUGACGACAUGAUGGAGGAGCCUCCCUUCUGACUCAGUCAAGACUCUGAUCCAGUUUCUCAAAGGAUACAGCCAAAAUCAUUAGAGACAUGAAGAGUUUACAGUCAGGAAAAAAUAAAUCUGCCAAGUGUUCAGCUUAUAUUUAUGAAAUUCUCAUGACUUUUAUUGAGACUUGGUGAGAAUUUCUAAAGUGAGCGUGUUAAAAUGUGACGUGUAAAUAUAGAAGGUCUCAUAAACCCUGUAUUUGUUUUUAACCUUAAUAAAGGCACUGAACAAAGUUUUACACAACA